UUAGAUAACACAUGUAAAGCAUUAUGGCAAGAAAGUACUAAUGGACCUGUUGUGUUUGAUAGCAGUAAUCCACAACAGAGUACAAUCAAAGGACAAUUGAUUGGUAACCUAACAAAAAAAGACUGCACCACAACCCUGAAUGACAUGCAAUACAACAAAGUGUAUCUUUUUAGAUUGGACUGUUUCGGUGUGAAAUUCAAUUUUGAUGGCGUGAAAAUUUCAGUCAAAGAUGAUCCACCCAGACCGACUCUGACUCCGCCCACACUGAAGGUGAAAGAGGGAACCUCAGUGAGUUUGAAUUGCUCUGCUCCAGCUCCCUGUCUGUCUCUUCCUCCAAAUCUGACAUGGAGCCCUGGCCUGGGUGAAGGUCAGGAGACCCUGCAGGAGAAUCAGGACAAAACUAAAGUCAAGAUCUCUGUGCUGAACUUCAAAGCAUCACACCUCCAUCACGGACAGGAAAUCUCCUGUACUGCUGUCUACAGAAAACAAGAUGGCAGCACUGAGUCAUCUGUGAACACCAGUUUAACAGCUAACAUUACAUAUUCACCCAAAGGGACCACAGUGUCAGUCAGUCCCUCUGGUCCAGUGCAAGAACACAAAAAUGUGACACUGACUUGCAGUGCUAAUGCCAACCCAGCUGUAAAGAACUACACCUGGUACAGAGCUGAUGGAGGCCAGGAGACUUUCAUGGAGACUGGAAGUGUUUUAAACAUCAAAACUUCUAGGGAGAGAGGACCUUUUUUCUGCCGUGCAGCAAAUGAAGAGGGAAGUGGAAGAUCGAACAACACACAGAUGGAUGUUCAGUAUUCACCCAAAGGGACCACAGUGUCAGUCAGUCCCUCUGGUCCAGUGCAAGAAGACAAAAAUGUGACACUGACUUGCAGUGCUAAUGCCAACCCAGCUGUAAAGAACUACACCUGGUACAGAGCUGAUGGAGGCCAGGAGACUUUCAUGGGGACUGGACGUGUUUUAAACAUCAAAGCUUCAAGGGAGAGAGGACCUUUUUUCUGCCGUGCAGCAAAUGAAGAGGGAAGUGGAAGAUCGAACAACACACAGAUGGAUGUUCAGUAUUCACCCAAAGGGACCACAGUGUCAGUCAGUCCCUCUGGUCCAGUGCAAGAACACAAAAAUGUGACACUGACUUGCAGUGCUAAUGCCAACCCAGCUGUAAAGAACUACACCUGGUACAGAGCUGAUGGAGGCCAGGAGACUUUCAUGGAGACUGGAAGUGUUUUAAACAUCAAAACUUCUAGGGAGAGAGGACCUUUUUUCUGCCGUGCAGCAAAUGAAGAGGGAAGUGGAAGAUCGAACAACACACAGAUGGAUGUUCAGUAUUCACCCAAAAGGACCACAGUGUCAGUCAGUCCCUCUGGUCCAGUGCAAGAAGACAAAAAUGUGACACUGACUUGCAGUGCUAAUGCCAACCCAGCUGUAAAGAACUACACCUGGUACAGAGCUGAUGGAGGCCAGGAGACUUUCAUGGAGACUGGAAGUGUUUUAAACAUCAAAGCUUCUAGGGAGAGAGGACCUUUUUUCUGCCGUGCAGCAAAUGAAGAGGGAAGUGGAAGAUCGAACAACACACAGAUGGAUGUUCAGUAUUCACCCAAAGGGACCACAGUGUCAGUCAGUCCCUCUGGUCCAGUGCAAGAAGACACAAAUGUGACAGUAACUUGCAGUGGUAAUGCCAACCCCGCUGUAAAGAACUACACCUGGUACAGAGCUGAUGGAGUCGAGGAGACUUUUAUGAGGACUGGACGUGUUUUAAACAUUAAAGCUUCUAGAAAGAGAGGCCCGUUUUUCUGCAAGGCUGAAAAUGAACUGGGAAGUUUUCAAUCAAACACAAGACAAAUAGAUGUACAUUAUGCUCCACAGAUCAUGUCCUCAUCUGAUUGCACCAAAACUGCUAACCAGGUCAACUGUUCCUGUGAGUCUACGGGAAAUCCUCCUCCCACUUUACAAUGGAGUUUGGAUGGGUUAGCUGUCAAUCACUCAGAAGAGUUUGCAAUCAGUUAUGGCACAGGUGUGAGCUUCAUCACCAUGAGUCAAGCCCAAUGGAAGGAUCACUUCACUGUGCUUUGUCGCAGCUCAAACUCUCUGGGAUCUGUUGCUCAGCGAUUUAUUUUCCACAGCCUUCCAACAUCUGCAGAAAAUAGUGUGAUUUCGCCAGUCUUCAUCGCCACCAUUGUCGUCUUCCUAGUGGUAAUAUGUGCACUACUAGUGCUAGUAUGUGCUCUACUCUUUGUUAUCAGGGCUCAGAGGACUCAACACAACCUGCUUAAGAGUCAGGGGUCAGGUAACGCCAGCACAGUUGCCAUGAGCCAACUUCUACCAAGUGGAGAAGGAAAUGAGGAACCCAACGAAACAGAUGAGGACAUUUAUGUCAACAUGUAUGAGCUGAAGAAACCAGGUGUCACCCAACCUGCAACUACCUCUGAGCCAAUCAGCACCAACUUACAAAGCUCAAGCCGAAACAACACAGAAGAUGCCAGUACAAGUUCAGAGAAGAAAAACGAGGAAAGCAAAGAUGUGAUUUACACUAGUGUGACUUGGAGGAGCAAAGGGAAGAAGGAGGGAGGAAGCUCUGGGGACACAAAUCAGUCAGGUCUCUCUUAUCUGGAGGAGAAGCGCUUAGAGGGAGCAUUGAAUUUUGUGAGCAAUGCAGUAGAGAUGGUAAAUCUAUACGACGAAGUGAAGCCUAGAAAUGUGAAGAAGGACUUCACAAAUUAGAGAAAAGAGUGUGAUGCAGACAUAGCUUACAGUUCAGUCAGGACCACUUUGUCAAGAAAAUGUACUUCAUUGCAAUUAUUUAUAUUCGGCGGUAUGGUUCUGUUUUGGGAUCUCCCUGACCUUCCACGUUCUUAAGUUGAAUGCAUACAAGGAAAGCUUUAGGCAGAGAUAAGCAGCAAAGCCAAACAGAGCAGGCAUCAAUGACAAGCAUGACAUUGAUUGAUGCAAGUCAUUGCAGCAUAAAAGGAGGAGCUGGGGUGGAGGAGGGCUGCAAAUGUGGCUUGCAGAGGGAGCAGCAAAGAGUAGGCAGGCUAGAGCAGUUUAAAUAAGCGGCAUAAGAACUUUUGGCUAAUAGAAUGCUUUGAAGCAAAUCAGCUUGAGGCUUGUGUGAGAUCAGCUGUUACCGAAACUCUGGCAUGAUAGUCGAGCGUGACUCCAUUCCCUGCCUGAAACUGAAACGAAGAAACAUAGUGACUUCAGUUCUCUUAUGCUGGCUAGCUGCAGUUAUUUUUUUACAAGUUGUGUCAACGCUGAAGGCAUUUCAUCCUCAAUGAAUUUACAGCAACUACUGCAGACCCAUAACCUGCAGGGUGAUGAAGAAUGACUAGUUGUCCUUGGUCUCAAUGCAAAGAAUUAACCAAACUGUGAGCACAAAACAGAGGCACAUUUUAAAUGAAAAUCAAGUUAAAAUCGUCAAUCGAGUUGGGUGUGGAAAAAACAUCUAAGAUUUUAUUUGAAGGCCAUAUAUUUUUUUAAUGGAAAAUAAACAAGAAAAAAGAAAAUAUACAUUCAAGAGAGCAAAACAAUAUCAAAAGUUCUUAAAUCAGCAAUAGAAAUUCAGCGUUGCGUUAGUUCAGGCAGGGAAUCAACACAAUGCUCUAUAUGUCAACCAAAUCAAGUGAAGCUUUUGAAAGCCCCUUAGCAACAUCUUUCAGCUAUCUUCAAAUUGUGUGUCUUCAUACCAUUGCCAAGACUA